CUAGUGCCUAAGGGAGAGCUCAGAGUCUAGAAUUUACUACAGGUUGGGAAUCACAACGAGCUGCUAUAUAAAAGCCAUCAGGGACAAAGAACUUGAAUGAGAGAAGCAACCCCUUGGAGGUAAACAAUGUCAGAAAAGAAGCCCUCAACGAACAAGAACAUUAAAAAGCUGCGUGCCAUAAGCAUGGUGUGCAGCUUAACACGGAGCUGGCAGCAGUGGGUGAGUGAAAAUGAAGAGAAGCAGUCCAGUGAACCCAGCGGAUGGGCCCCGAGUUACUCAGAAGACCCCAAAGAUGCAAAAAAGGUAGCUCCAAAGAUCAAACCGUCUCAAAAGUCCCUUUCCAAUCAGGAUUCUAGAAAUAAAGACCAGGAUGAUGUGGAGGCCGCCGAGGAGUCACGCAUCAAAACUGCACAAGUGGUGAAAACCGUGACGAGGGAAGUUCAGGAGAAAAGUGCGGGCAUUGACUUUUUGACCAAACGCAUCUGUAAGGACCCGGCCACGGAUGAACUGGACAAGAUCCUGAGCAAGAAAGGGUCGCCCACGCGCCGCAGGAAGUGCUCCAACAUGGUCUCGGAGCUGACACGGAGUUGGAAGGAAAUGGAAAAUGAGAAAAAGCAGGCUCAGGAGGACACUGAGGAUAAUGAGGAUAGAAGCCUGCAGCUAGGAACCAACCAGGAGGACACCGAGAAUAAUAGGACGAAUGAAACUACAGAGUCCGCGGUCACAAUCAAAAGAUCCUCUGUUCUCAGGGGCAAGAAGGAUGUUGAAGAUGCCAACAAAAUAAAUACCCUGUCCAAAAAAUACAGCGCUGUGGGCAACUUAAAAAGCCGCUGGCAAAACUGGGCAUCAGAGCAUACCGUCAAUCAGAAGCUCAACCCCUUCAGCGAGGACUUUGAUUAUGAGUACUCCAUGUCAACACGGCUGCGGCCGGGUGAGGAGGGCUAUGGGAGGCCCAAAGAGGGCAGUAAGACAGCAGAGAGGGCCAGACGCGCAGAGGCACACAUCCACAGGGAGAUUGAUGACAUGUGCUUCAUCAUAAGGACCAUGGCGGACCCGGAUCCGGACGGUUACACUAGAGUGACUUUUGGUGAUCUGUUUGACAGAUAUGUGCGGAUCUCGGAUAAAGUUGUGGGAAUACUAAUGAGGGCCAGGAAGCAUGGAAAAGUGGCUUUUGACGGGGAGAUGCUGUGGCAGGGCCGGGAUGAUGGCGUCAUUAUUACUCUGUUAGUAUGACACAGCGUAGGGACUCUGAACUGAACGUGAAAGAUGUUGCUGCUAUUGAUCAAAUAUAGAGAGGUAUAUUGUUAAAUUAUAAAUAAUUAUGGUUCUAACUUUAUAUGUGUGUAUUACAGUUUGUAAGUUUGCAGACUGAGUUUACUGAGCUGUCUCAGCUCUUUCUAUGUUUGCUUUUUUAUGUGUAUGCAUGUACAAAGAUUUGUUUCAUUGAGUCGUGCUUUGUUAAUAGGAAACUACUAAAAAGGAAUUGGAUUUUUUUGCCCUAAGGAUAUACAGUGAAGACAAAAAGGGCUGCUGUUAGUCUGGUAUUUUUCAUACUGUAAAUCCUCCAGAAGAGGGAGCAGUGCACUAACGCUAAAAUUUCCUCCUUGCCAUGUAUUUACAGUCGUUAUGAAACUGGAAAUGAUCUCUGCAUUUAGUACAUGAUGUACUUUUAAUAAAAUACAAGUAUUUGAGUAAA